AACACUCGAUAAAUACGACUGAUUAUGAACAAAGGUGUCAGAAUAUUGAUCGAGUUUCUAAUUGGAAUCAUCAAGUUGUCAAUAGUCGAAGCUCAAAAUGCUACUUUUACCUCUUAUUUUGUGUCUAUUUAACUUUUCUUUAAUUAAUUCAAUGUCGUUUAUGGAUUUUCGUCCUGAGAUUAACCAAGGUUCGAGAAUUAUCCAUGCAUCAUUAACGGAUCAGGAAAGUGGUAAAGUUUGGCAGAUUGAAGAGAUGAUCUCUUCAGCGGCUCGACUCGAAGGUAAAAUUGAUGUCACAUCGUCAGAAAACAAGGGCACUCAUGCAACUAUUUUCUACUCGUACAAAUCUUAUGAUAAUAACAAGCGACUUGUUAUGCAAAAUAAUGAUUGUGAUCUUUAUUCAUACAAAUCUGAUUGGGAUAAAAUGUUACCUGGAGUAACCAAACCAAUGAUCAAUACGAUUCUUCUUAUUGGUCCUUCAUUUAUUUAUCGUAUUGCUGAUUCUCGAUGGAAAGAAGAAAAUGACACCAUAAUUAGAGGAGCAUUGAUGCAUAAGCAAAGCAAAAUAAUAAGUCAAAAGAUUAAAGUCACCGCUUAUUACAAAGACCAAUUCGGCGAUGUGACAGAGCCAAACAGGAUAGAACUGACUGAAUACAAUCCUCUUGCCCUCGCUCUUAAUCCCGACCAAGAAGAUACCCGAAAAUCACUCAUAUUAGAUAUUUAUCUGAACUCAGUAACUUUUCAAGAAUUGGCUGAAUCGGUUCAGCCAACACCAGGAGUUGGUUGUCCCGUUUAUCUACAAGAUAAUCUUGGAAUUCCUGAAAUCUAUUCUACAAAAAUUCAUUUUAUCGCAAAAGACACAGCCAGCAACAACAAAUAUCCAUCACUGAAAGAGAUUCAUGGUGAUUUAGAAGGUAAAAUCAUAAGGUUAGCUGAGACACGGCUUGGGCACACGAAUAAUUAUCUAUAUGAUUAUAAUUUGGGUGUUCAAUAUCUCCUAUCAAAGUCGGGAGAUUGUAGAGUUUUCCCAAUUGACCUGAAAUCUCUUGGCAUUGACAUUAAUGGUAAUUUUCAAAUGGGUCAAGCGUUCAAUUGGUUAGAUAAAAUACCCAAGUAUCUUGGUCAAGUUAUUUUUAAACAACGAUCAGGCCUUAAAGUUGCAGUUUGGGAAUCUGUUCAAAUAGACAAAGUUAUCGAAAGUGGAAAGUAUGACAAAGUUGUAACAACAAUUUACUUAUCAUCAUCGGCGACAGAAAAAAUUUUCACUGAUGACAUGAUUGUUGCAGCCACUAGAAAUGCUUACAGAAAAGACUCUUUGGGAGUUUUCCAAUUAAUUGAAUCGAUGCAGCGUGAUUUUUACGAUGUCAAUAUUGAUCUACCUGAUAGUGAAUACGAGGAUGCAUUCAAAUUGGGAGAUUGUUUCGCUGAUCCAACUAAGCGCCUUACACUUACUAUCCAUUUAUUGUGUGAUGUUGGUAAAAAAUCAAAUUGUAUCAAAAAAAGUGAGCAAAUGACUUAUGGCUUGCGAAAAUAUCUUAUGGAAAAAUUGAUAAAAACCUACAAAUUAUCACCAUUACGAAUUGUCGAUGUGGAGUUUAUUUUUUCCAAGGAUCGUAUCGAGGCGGAUGUUACAAUUAUCGAGGCUCCAAAUAUAGUUGAUUCAUUUUCCGUUGAUUACAAACAUAUAAAAACCAGUUCGAUAAAAGUUUUGCAUAAAACUUCAGCCAAAAGCGCAGAUGAAUGUCUAAGAUAUUUUUCUGCUUACUAUUCUCCUGGAAGUGUUGUUUACUUUUGUAAAAAUGAAAAUUUAUGUGUUAGCACUGAGAAUCCGGAUGUUACGGAGUCAACUACGUCAUCCAAAGGAACCGAUUGUUCAGCUUUCAAAUUUCCUCUGAAAAAUUUAAAUCGAUUUGGCCAAGAGAAGUCGUUAAGAGAAAUUCAUGAUAGUCUUUUGGUUCAGAUCGUUAAUGAGAAAUUCACCAUAGGACAAGAAGACUCAGAAUACACUUAUGAAAUAGUCGACGUUGUGGCUGCUGAUAAGCGAUCUGAAGAGAAAGAGAGAGAACUUUACAAAAUGUUCGAUUCUCGUGGUGCACUGACUCCAAAUGGAUUGGACAUUGUCGAAGUUCCAAGCAUAAAACGAUUUAGUGACUGUUAUCGAGCUUGUUCAAAAUCUGAAGACAUUUUUUGCGAAACUUUUACGUUCUGUGAUAAUGCAGAUUCUUUCUCUUGCAUCGUGUCCAGUUUAAGUGAAUUACAAAUCAGCCGUAAUUUGACAUUUCAAGAACAUUGUAAGACCUACUCAAAGAACUAUCUUUCUGAUUAUACUCCACAAAUUAAUAAGGCUUACAAGGUACCGACUUCGGUUUCGAAAAAAAUAUGGGUCGAUGACUGCGCUUCUGAAUGUGCUAAAACGUCAGAAUGUUUUUCAUUUGGAUUCUGUGAUGGUCUUUGUACUUUUGGUGGCUAUUAUUCUGAAAGUAAUACCAAGUUUGACUCGAAAUGUACCAUUUAUACUCCUAAAUUGUCUCAGAAAUAUCAACUAACUGGCUCGGAGAUUGUUACUGAAGUCUUACAUACAGAACUCGACCUGGACAUGGAUCAAUGUGCUGCCUUUUGCUUCGACUACAAACAAGGAGAUGAUGAUCAAUGUAAAUCUUUCAAUUAUUGUCCAAAAGGAAAAGAACCAGCUUCUUGUCAAUUGACCAAGUACUCCGUGUUCGAUGAUAAAACUGUCACCAAUCAAUCGACAAGUUGCCACAAUUAUCAAAUGAAAACUAAACAGAAUCAAGAAGAAGUAAAUCAAGAUAAUUUGAUUGCUGAAAAACCAAAUGUUCGUACUACUGGAGUUGGUGCAUUUGGCAUAAUCGUUUUAUUCAUGUUGAUUGGUUUAAUUGUUGGUUUUGUUGGUCCUUAUUCAGUGAUGAAAAUCAAAUCAUCGGCAAUAUUUAGACGUCCAUCUAACGAUUUCACAUGGUCAAGACAAGUCGAUAAUAAUGAGGAAGAUCAACAUGAAAUUCAAAUCUGAUCUAAUCCAACAAUUAAUUUCUCUUUUUAUUAUGUUUAUAUCAAUAGCACAAUCAAAUACUCUAAAACUAUUAAAUGUUUCACCAAUAUUGAUAACUUUCUAACCUAAUCUUAAAAAUAAUUUAAUAAGAAAAAUAUUUUUCCGGCCAUUAAAGUACUAAUACAUGUACUUUUCU